GCGGGGAGGAGCUGGCGGGGAAGCCCUCCCCCGGCUCGGGAUGUUGCGACCAGUGGAGACCGCGGAGCGCUAGGCGCACAGCUGGCAGCAGGGGCGGGGGGCAGCCACCGCCGGGAGCCCCGCUGCACCUGGCCGCUGCGCGCCCUCAGCCCCGCAUCGCGGCCAUGAGGCGGGCGCUGCUGCUCCUGUCCGCCGCCGCCUUGCUCUGCUCAGGUCUAAAGUGUGUGUGUCAGUUGUGUGAGCAUACGAAUUUCACCUGCCAAACUGAAGGAGCAUGCUGGGCUUCUGUCAUGCUAACUAAUGGCAAAGAAGAAGUGAUAAAGUCAUGUGUAUCCAUUCCAGAGCUGAAUGCACAGGUCUUCUGCCAUAGCUCUAAAAACAUCACAAAAACAGAAUGCUGCUACACAGACUUCUGCAACAAUAUAACACUCCGUCUGCCUGUAGCUUCAGCAUCUUCAAGCAGACCAAACCUUGGGCCUGUGGCAUUGACAGUGAUAGUUACCGUGCCAGUAUGCAUCUUGUCUUUAUCUGUAAUGCUGAUUGUAUAUACAUGUCAAGGCCGUCACUGUACAUUCAGAAAGAAGAAGCGACAAAAUAUUGAAGAACCUCUAUCUGAGUGCAACCUAGUAAACUCUGGGAAAACUCUUAAAGAUCUUAUUUAUGAUAUGACAACAUCUGGGUCUGGAUCAGGUUUACCUCUAUUGGUCCAAAGAACAAUUGCAAGAACUAUUGUUCUUCAGGAAAUAGUAGGAAAAGGCCGCUUUGGUGAAGUCUGGCGUGGAAAAUGGUGUGGAGAAGAUGUAGCUGUGAAAAUUUUCUCCUCAAGGGAUGAAAGGUCUUGGUUUCGUGAGGCAGAAAUCUAUCAGACAAUUAUGCUGAGACAUGAAAACAUCCUGGGGUUUAUUGCUGCUGAUAACAAGGAUAAUGGAACUUGGACUCAACUGUGGCUUGUAUCUGAAUACCACGAGCAAGGCUCCUUAUUUGAUUAUUUAAACAGAAAUGCUGUGACCAUUGCUAGUCUGAUUAAGCUGGCACUUUCAAUAGCCAGUGGCCUUGCACACCUUCAUAUGGAGAUAGUUGGUACACAAGGCAAACCAGCUAUUGCACAUAGGGACCUAAAAUCUAAGAAUAUCUUAGUAAAAAGAAAUGAAACCUGUGCCAUUGCAGAUUUAGGACUUGCUGUGAGACAUGAUGCUGUAUUGAACACAAUUGACAUACCUCAGAAUCCUAGAGUGGGAACCAAGAGGUACAUGGCUCCUGAAAUACUUGAUGAUGUAAUGAACAUAAGCAUCUUUGAGUCCUUCAAACGUGCAGACAUAUACUCUCUUGGCUUGGUGUACUGGGAGAUAUCACGAAGAUGCUCAAUUGGAGGACUCAUUGAGGAGUACCAGUUGCCUUAUUAUGAUGUUGUGCCUUCAGAUCCCUCAAUAGAAGAUAUGAGAAGGGUAGUUUGUGAACAGAAACUUAGACCAAAUAUCCCAAACCAGUGGCAAAGUUGUGAGGCACUCCGAAUCAUGGGUAGAAUAAUGCGCGAGUGCUGGUAUGCUAAUGGCGCAGCUCGACUGACUGCGCUCCGCAUUAAGAAGACCAUUUCACAACUCUGUGUACAUGAAGAUUCCAAAGCCUAAAUGGGUCAUUUAGGGGAAGGAGGAAGAAAUCAUUCUCCAUCUCUUUACAUGUGAUUUGUUUUCUGUCUACCUCACAUAUAUACAGUACAGUAUUUAAGUGCCCAAACCACAGCACUGAAAAAUAAUUUCAUAGUUGGCUACAACCAGCUGCAGCUUUUGGUUGGUGUUGCUGUCUUUAUAAAGCAAAUCACCAACUCAUGCUAUUUUUUUUUUAAUGAAAGUCGAUAUUAGGAAAACAGCAGUACUGAGUUACAAAACAUUAUUCCUUUAGACUAUUUUAUUAUUUGUAAGUUUUUUAUUCUAGUUAAAACCAAAAUACGUUGUUGAAGGGAUGUAUUUGUGUAAAACAGGUAUGCAAAAGAAACCACACACAUUUUAUCUUCAAACUAAAAUCAGACCAAAUUCAUCAAGCUUCUUGGGUGUUUUCCCAUAGAAUCCUGUAGAAUAUAUUACAGUAAAGUGCAUUUAUAUGUUUUUAUAUUCUAUAUAUAAAUUAGCAGCCAAACAAAUAAGAAGAUUAUACCCCUCAAUAUGUAUACUGUGAAGCUAAAGUAAACACGUGAGUGUUUCUCUCUCUCUUUUUUUAAUGUUACUACAGCUCUAUCCAAAGUUAAGGUUUGGCAGUAUUUUUGUUAAGUAUCCCUAUUUCAGGGAUCAGACAGUCAUAAACACCAACUCUGAGCUAACUGUUCCAAAGUCUCAAUCAAGGACCAAUUUUUUUAAAAUCAAAUUGUGAAAAAAUUAUGAGAAUUGUACAGUGUAAUCCAAAAAUAAUGUAUUUUAACUAAAUUUUCUAUAGACCAAUACCCAAAGUUUUAGUGUCUUUUGGUAUUUGGGGGAGUGAGAAGGUCUAAUACAGUUGUUUGCUGCAAAAUACAAUGUACGUGUGAAAUUGCUUCAGAUGCAGAAACUCAUUCACGCUAACCUGUACCCUGAAUACAAUAGCACAGAUAGUUGUGUUUGAGAGGAGCAGGGCAACAUCCACAAGAUAUAUAUGUAAUUGUGCAGAACCAGCACCUCCCACACUGAGUGAGUGGUAUAGAAAGGCCUCAGAGAGGUGGUGCUAGGUCAUUGGUGCCCUAAACAGGAAUAUCUUGGCCCUCCUGCACAUAACAAAUAAUAAGAAGUGAAGAGGGGACUCUUUGAUCUGCUCAGGGCCCUAAGCAAUUGUUUUCUCUGCUUAUGCCUAGUCCAGCUCUGAGUGCUCAGGAUUGGAGCAGUAGUACUCGUGAAUGGCUGUACUGCAGUCCCUGUGUUCUGACCUGGCUUUGGGAGAUGUAUUUCCUUCUAUCAACCAUUUUCUUCCAUGCUUUAAUUAUUUUUAAAAAAUUCCAAUCUACUCUGUAGACACAAGAACUUAGUGCUCCUAGCACAGGAAAGCAAUACACAUGUUCACCAGUGUAAGAACACCUGCACAUUUAAAGGGCUAAAGGCAGGGUGCCAGAACCUUUGAGGAUUUAGGAUUGGGGGUGAGGAGGACUGGCACAGUAACUAGAAGGGUCAGUGGACCAUGCCCCUGGACUCCGAACCUGAAUAUUUCCCCCUCCCAAACUGCAAGCCUGUGGAAAGUGUAGAGAAGUGCUGGCAGGGGGCUGUGCUUUACGGUGACAUUGCCCCUCCUAACUGCAAGCCUUGGCAGGUGUGGAAUGGUACCAGUAGGGGUUCACAGCAGGGUUGUUGAUCAUUCCCCUGCCAUGAAGUGCAGCUUCUCCCAGCUUCUCAAUGCAUGUCCAAGGCUUGCAGGUGGGGAGGGGCCAACACCACCUCUGCUUUCCAAAUUAUGCCCAUAUAAAAAAGUGAGGAUUAUAGGUUCUCCCUCCUCAAUUAUAGUAAUUGGGCAAAGUCAUUGACAUGAGGCCAUAUUGGUUUCUUCAGAGCGAUCAAAUAUGCAUCUCAUGAAUAACUCCAAGGAGGUAUCAGAUAAAUAACAGGACAUCAAAACAAUCUCUAAAUAGAUGUAUUUCACAAUAAUGUUAGCUUACAAAAGAGUAGUAUCAGUAGGCAUUUUCAAAAGUUCCUAAAUAUUCUAGUAUUUCAUGAUUUCUUGUAAUGGAUCAAAAGACAUGUGGAUAAGUAACUCUCAGACACUUCGGGGGAAGAUUCUGUUCAUACGUCUUUGAUUUUGUUUUAUUUAAAAAAUGAUUUCUUAUAUCCACUAUAACCACAGUUUAAAAAUAUAUUUUAAAUCCUCAAAAUCCAGGAAAUACAAAAUUAGAUCUACAAAUCUCCCUUCAACAUCACUGAUUUGGAGGCAAUUCUUUAUUAUGGGUGUAGAGAGAGGAGGAAAACUUUACGAGAGUGGGAAAUGUUGCAUGCUAUAUAUACUUGAUAGUUUUUGUGAGUGUGGCUAAUCCCUAUCAUUAGGUCUUUUGCCUUUUGUUUAGAUGGAAAAUCAGGAAUUUAGCCUUCAGUUUAGGAGUGUCAGCGAUACUUGUUUUAUCCUAACAUGUUGGAAUUCUAGUGCGGAGCUGUUGUUUGUUCUUUAAAUUGAUACUAGUGAACUAUAGCAUACAUAUUUAUAGAAUUUAUAGUCAUUUUACACUGGCUAAGUUGAGCUGAAGACUUAGUUAUUUAUGCUCCUGUAAUUAGACUGUAGGAUAAAGUCUAGAUAUGUAAAAAUAUUUCAGUAUUGCUUUACUCAGCAUAGCAAUGCCUUAUCUUAGGCAAAGGUACUUAAGAGUUUUAAAAUAAGAAUUUUUAGCAUGAGGUAGCAGUAUCAUGGUGAGAGAGUUCAUGCCAAGCCAGACCAUUGUAGAUUUAAACCUAGGUUUGCUGCGCAUUAACUGGCCAUGCAGAUAAGCCAUAUAUCUCAUUUUAAUAACUGACUUAGUCCUAAAUCAGUUAGGUAUUGUGGUGCUCAGGAGAAAAGUGUCUAAAUAACUGUAAAUAUCUAAACCUGUAUUUAAUGAAUAGCUAGUAAAUUUUAUUUCCAUAUAUUUUUAUAAGUUCCAUGUGUGUAAAUUAUACCAGGCUGUUUUGUCACAUGCACACUUUCUAAUCUACCAUAUUUAUUUGAAAAUUAAAUGAAAAGGAGCUAACCACUACAACAGACAUUUUUUAGGCUCGUGUUUUUUCUGUUUAUAAAUUAAAGAUGAAUGGGAUCUUGAGUUGCUUCAAAACCAGCUCGUAUUUAAAAACAAACAAAAAAAAAUUAUCUGUGAAAGGGCCUGAUCCAUCUCCCACUAAAGUCAACGGAAAGGCUCCCAUUGACUUCUGUGGAGCUAGAUCAAGCUUACAGUACUUCAAUUACUUUUCUGAUCUGUUUUUUUUUAAUAUAAAGAACAACAAAAAUUAUUAAAGAUCUAAAAAACAUGACCUGUGAAGAUAAAAUUGGAUUUGUUUAGUUUAGAAAGUGAAGUCUGAGACGCCCUUGGACUAGUUUUCAAGUAUAGGUUGAACCUCUCUAGUCCGGAACCCUCGGUGCCAGACCAUGGUGCCAGACCAUGGGAGGUCAAUAUUGUCUAGCAGCAUUACCAACACUUCC